UAAAGGCAGCCCAUAAGGCCAUAAACUGUAAUUAUCUUUUGUCCAGCAAAAGCCCUAGCUAUAUAAACCUGAUUUCUUCUUCCCUCAUUUUGUAGGGUUUCUGGUCGCCAUUACAGCAAAGUUCCUUUCCACCAAUCACUACAAUGGUGAACGUUCCAAAAACUAAGAAGACUUACUGCAAGUCAAAGGAUUGCAAAAAGCACACCCUGCAUAAGGUUACACAGUACAAGAAAGGAAAAGAUAGCUUAGCAGCUCAAGGGAAGCGUCGUUAUGAUCGCAAGCAGUCUGGUUAUGGUGGUCAGACAAAACCAGUCUUCCACAAGAAGGCCAAAACUACCAAGAAGAUUGUGCUAAGGCUGCAAUGCCAGGGUUGCAAACAUGUGUCACAGCACCCAAUCAAGAGAUGCAAGCACUUUGAAAUUGGUGGAGAUAAGAAGGGAAAGGGAACUUCUCUCUUUUAAGUGGAGAAUUCAGGGAGGUGGUGUCGUUCAUUUUUGUAUCGUGUUGUCCUUUUUUCUCAAGUGAUGUAGCUCAACAACAGCGUUUCUUUUGCUUGAUGAACAACUUACGUCUAUCGCAAAAUACUUUCAUUUUGAGUUUUAAAUUAAGAUCUCAGCUGUUAUUUUUA